UUAUGUUGUUUGCUCUUCUGGGUGGGUUUGGUGAUGUUCUUUGUCAUUAAUGUCAUUUGUUUAAACCUCCUUGUUAAAUUCUUUUUGUUGAUGAUUUGAUAUAAUUUGAAUAUAAAACUUGGUGUGUGGGGUGCCCUCUAAUUUUCUCCUUUUUUUCCUUUUCCUGAAAAAGAUGUUCACCGUUAUUACUGCCAAAAGCUCUCACAUACCAUUACCUCAAUAAUCUUGUGUUCUGCAAUGCAUUGCGUUUUCUGUGAUUAACCCUUUCUUUGGUAACAAAUUUCAUUUACUUCUGACGUUUCCUCACGUUUUCGUACCCGUCAAAAUCCUCAGAUCAAAUUCUUGGAACUAAGAAAAAAAAUUAGGAAAAACCCUUUUUCUCCAUCUGGGGAUUGAGAAAAACCCUUAUUUUUUUUCUUCCCUUUUAGUGAUUUUCUCUUCUGGGUGUUGAAAAUUGUUGAAUUUUCCAUCUGGGUUCUGGAAAAAAACCAUUUAUUGUGCAGUGUUCGUGUGUUAAUGCGUGAAAGCUUGAAGCUUUUUCAUCUGGGUUUGGAAUUUUUACCUCUGAUGCCAAUUGGGGGCGUCCAAAAUGGCGAAUCUUGUCCCUGGCGUUCUCCUCAAGCUGCUACAGCAUAUGAACACGGAUGUCAAAGUCGCCGGCGAGCACAGGUCGUCUCUGUUGCAAGUGGUGAGCAUUGUUCCGGCGCUUGCAGGCGGUGAGCUUUUCCCAAACCAAGGUUUCUAUCUUAAGGUAUCAGAUUCCUCUCAUGCCACCUAUGUAUCUCUCCCUGAUGAACAUGAUGAUUUAAUUCUCAGUGAUAAGAUUCAACUGGGUCAGUUUAUUCAUGUCGACCGGCUUCAGGCUGCCACCCCGGUCCCCAUUCUCCAGGGGGUUAGGCCUGUGCCAGGGAGGCACUCUUGCGUAGGGAGCCCUGAAGACAUCGUUGCAACUCAUUCUCUUGGUUUUCUGAACAAUAAUUCGUCUUCGGGUUCGAAAACUUUAGAGAAAGUACAGUCUGAGUAUAAGGUAUUAGGAAAUAGUCAUGCCGGAGAAAGGGAUAAACAUGGACUAGUGAGGUCGAAUAGUAGUGCUAAGGCGGAUAAAUUGGAUAAGAAAAUAGGGUCUUUUGACAGAUCAAAGUCUCAGCCAUCAAAACCUGCAUUAACAAUAGAUAUGAAGAGGGAACCUUUGCCGAGAAUGAAGUCAUUGAAUUCACGGUCUAUCCCGUCAUCUCCAUCAAGUUGUUAUUCUUUGCCGACUUCUUUUGAGAAAUUUGCAAAUGGGAUCAAGCAUCAUGCAAAAGUUAAGGGAACACCAAAGGUGGGAGUGGUGGAAAGGGCAAGUUCUGUACAUGGGGCGAGUCCCGGGAGGAGAUCAGUGGUGGGAAACCCAAUAAAGAAUUUUGUUCAGGGGUUUGAGCUGGAGGCCAAGGCCCUGAGGAAGAGCUGGGAAGGAAAUAUGGAGGGGAAGUCUAAAGAGAUGUCUGCUCCUAGAAAAAGUAUCUCAACUGAAAGGUUGCCAUAUAAAGAGGACAAUAGGACCCAGAUAUCUGCAAAGUCAUUGAAAGAGGAGAGUAAAGUUCAAACGUCAACAAAGAAAUUUACAGCAAAUGGAACUUUGAGUGAUCUAGACAGGUCAAGUAAACUUAGAGUAUCUGUUGGAAAGAAAUCUUCAGAUGUAGCCAGUAAUGGAUUUCCUGGAAACUUGUUCAGGGUUUCCUUAAAUAACAGAAAAUUGACUGAUGGAGUUCCAUGGGCUUCGCUCCCAUUGUCAGUUGCAAAGCUUGGUAAGGAAGUUAUGAGGCACAGGGAUGCUGCACAAAUGGCAGCAAAAGAGGCGAUGCAGGAGGCUUCUGCUGCAGAGAACUUACUACGAUGUUUGAGCAUGUAUUCAGAGCUAAGUACCUCUGCCAAGGAAGACAACCCUCAGCCUGCAGUAGAGCAGUUUCUUGCCCUCCAUGCUAGUUUGAGUAAUGCUCGCGUAGUUGCUGAUUCUCUAUCCAAAAUCAUGCCAGCUGGUUCUUCCCCAGACCGUGAAGAAACCCCCCCAUCAGAAGUACUGAAGGUAGCUUCAGACAGACGUAAACAGGCAGCAUCUUGGGUACAAGCUGCAUUAGCCACCAAUCUGUCAUCUUUUGCUGUAUUUAAUAAAGAGUCCAGUUUAAUCUCUGUUCAAGCUUCAGCUUCCUCUCAAAACCAAAAGAUUGUCUCUGCAAAUCAACCCGUGUUAGUUCUAGAAAAUUCUACAAAGAAUGCUUCAACAAAAUCCCAAGGCAAACUUCGCCAGACGGUGGGUUCCAAGCUUGGGACACCAGGGACCCCUCGCCGACUAGGGGAUGGAUCAGUCAUCAAUCAAAAGCCGCAGGCACGACCUCUGCCUGAAUGGAAUAAAGGAAAUGGCCUGGACGAGGUUGUUGACUUGGCUGAAAAGUUGCGACUGCAGUCACAAGCUUGGUUUUUGGGAUUUGUGGAGAGGUUCCUAGAUGCUGACGUUGACAGUUCAGCUCUUUCAGAUAAUGGACAAAUAGCAGGAAUGCUAACUCAGCUCAAGAGUGUGAAUGAUUGGUUGGAUAACAUUGGUUCUAUUCAAGAAGGGGUUGAAACAACCGAUGUUUCAGCGGAGACCAUUGACAGCCUGAGGAAGAAGAUCUAUGAGUAUCUUCUCACACAUGUUGAAUCUGCUGCCGCUGCACUUGGCGGUGGAUCACAGUCAUCACCUCGAAUCCAAACACUAGAUACAAAACUUAGAAAGUGAGUCGUUUAAAGUGUAGUUUGGCUGUGCGGGUUUUGGUGUCUGGCGUUGCAUAAAUGCAGCACCAAAUGCCCUGAGAGCUGUGCCCUUUAACCACCAAGUGGUCCUAGGCGCUUAUUGUGUUAAUCUGUGUAUAUAACUUCACAUGGGGUUUGAGGUAUAGAUGGAAGGGUUGUUACUUUCGGAAAGGGAUCCUCCGGAUCCCUUCUCCCUAAUCCAUCAAAUCAGGGGAUUUGUGCCAUUGAAAUUUGAUCCCUGAUUUGGUGGAUUAGGAGAAAGGGAUCUGGAGAGGAUCCCCUUCCACUACUUUCAGGAGGGAAUUUGAUUUGAAGUGCGAUGUCAUUUUUUUCUUCUUCCAUCGUUUGAUGCAGUUGUCCCUGAAACUUUAUGAGAUUGAAAAAAUUGUAAAGAGGGAAAUUUUUUGUUUCUUACAGCAUCAAUGCCUGUUUCCAGAUUUUAUGAAGCAUUGAAAUUGUUUCUACACAUUGGGGAUUCUGUUUGGACUUCCAAAAUCAAUCGAUUGGCCUCUUUCUA